AUGGGUAAAUCAUCCAAGGACAAGCGCGAUGCUUAUUACCGUCUUGCCAAGGAGCAAAAUUGGCGCGCCCGUUCCGCCUUCAAGCUUAUCCAGAUCGACGAGCGAUUUGACUUAUUCGAGCACGAGAACCCGGACAAUGUGACGAGAGUGGUGGACUUGUGCGCUGCACCUGGAAGCUGGAGUCAAGUGCUCAGUCGUGUCUUGAUCAAAGGCGAAAGCUUCGGGCGGCGGGCAUGGCUCGAGAAGAAGCGAAAAGAACAACAGGGAUUGGAGGGUGCAGAGACAACGGCCGAUGAUAAAAUGGACUGCGAUGAGCCUUCUUCAAGCUCUGAAUUAAAGCCUCGGAAAAAUGUCAAGAUUGUAUCCAUCGAUCUGCAGCCCAUGGCGCCGCUUGAAGGCAUCACAACUCUCAAAGCUGAUAUUACACACCCUUCUACAAUUCCUCUGCUUUUGCGCGCCCUGGACCCAGAAGCAUACGAACAACCAUCCACCCCCUCCGACUCUCCAUCACAAGUCACAGAGGCUAUCAGACAACCUCACCCCGUCGACCUAGUCAUUUCCGACGGUGCCCCCGAUGUAACAGGUCUACACGACCUAGACAUUUAUAUUCAAUCACAACUCCUCUACGCGGCGCUAAACCUUGCUAUGGGCGUUCUCCGACCGGGCGGCAAAUUCGUCGCCAAGAUCUUCCGCGGCCGCGAUGUCGACCUUCUCUACGCCCAGCUGCGGACCGUCUUUGAGCGCGUCAGUGUCGCAAAGCCACGCAGUAGCCGCGCUAGUAGUUUGGAAGCAUUCGUGGUCUGUGAAGGCUUUAUUCCACCUGUUAGUAAUAGCGGGGUGGUCGGUAUGGCCGCAUUGAAAAAUCCACUCUUCGGCGGAGCCGCAGCUCCAGUACCCGUCUCAGAAGAUGGCAAUGUGGGCGUGGAAGUCCGCGAGCAGAUCGACCAGAACACACAAGCCCGAGAUACCCUGACGCAACCCGCGGCGAUUAGUAGCCCUGCGCCCAAUCACUCCACUGAAGUCCGUCAUCUUCAAACUACAACAUCACAAGACCAGCCCCAACCCCAGAAACUGUCUAACAAGUUCUCGGUUGAGAACCGGUGGAUUCCGUCGUUCAUUGCUUGUGGUGAUCUAUCUGCUUGGGAUUCUGAUGCAUCAUACACUCUACCCCCGGAUUAUGUCAAUCUGGAUCCUGUUCAGCCACCCACUGCACCGCCAUACCGUCGGGCAUUGGAGUUGAGGAAGGAAAGGGGUGGUGCGUAUGGAAAGACCAAGUAUGGACCCAUUGGGCAUAAUUCAUAG